AUGGACUCGACUCAAAAGGCUGCUAUGCUUGCUGAUGUCAAAGAGUUGUUAAACUUGAAGGACUUCAAGUCUGGCCUCCAAAAUCGUCUGACUGCAUGUCUCCUGUCACCCAACCUGACUGCAUAUAAGACAGAUGUGCUCCAAAACAUCUCAACCUUUAUUAAGGACAACAGCAGCAUCUUCAAGGUUCCUUCAUCACUAUUCGAGGAUGUAGAGCUCAGCGCAAUAUUCACAACAAUCAUUAGUGAUCUUCUUUCAUCAAUCUGA